ACAACAAAAUGACUGAGAUGAACAUUCCCGGAUUGGCUGGACUGAUAACCUUCUACUUCCUCAUCCUCUUCGCUGGACUAUUCUCCAAAAAGUUUAUGCAGCUUUUGAAUGGAAAGAAGAAUAAAACAGGGACUGAAGUGGCGGAAGAGGGCAUGUCAGAUUCAGACGAUCUAAUGUUGGCUGGGCGAGAUAUUAACUACUUUGUUGGAAUCUUUACCAUGACAGCAACUUGGGUCGGAGGAGGUUACAUCAACGGGGCUGCAGAAGCUACUAUUAGACAUGGAAUUCUGUGGUGCCAGGCUCCCUUCUGCUACGCAAUAGCUCUUAUCUGUGGAGGCUUAUUCUUCGCUACCAAGAUGAGGAACAUGAAGUACGUCACCAUGUUGGAUCCUCUGCAGAACAAGUACGGCAAGGAGCUCGGAGCCCUCUUCUACAUUCCAGCAUUCUCCGGCGAGAUUCUCUGGUCGGCGGCCAUUCUCGCAGCUCUAGGAACAUCUCUCCAAGUUAUAUGCGGGAUCCCAGAGGCCACCUCCAUCAUGGCAUCUGCUGGAUUCGCCAUGAUAUAUACUCUUUUUGGAGGACUGUAUUCAGUUGCGUUCACGGAUGUCUUUCAGCUGAUCUGUAUUUUCGUUGGUCUCAUUCUAGCGCUACCCUUUAUGACAACAAAUGAAAAUGUCACAUCCCCCCUCCAGGGUGAAAUUCCUGAUUUUAACGGAGUGUCGAAAAGUGUCAUUGGAACUAUAAAACCUGAAGAUGCUGCAUACUGGGUUGAUCACGCAGUUAUGAUGAUGUGUGGAGGUAUCCCGUGGCAGGCCUACUUCCAGCGAGUCCUCUCCUCUAGAAGCGCCAAAAUCGCUAAAGUUCUCUCCAUCUUCGCUGGCUUCGGCUGCUUUUGUGCGGCCAUCCCCGCCGUACUUAUCGGAGUAGUAACGCUUAACACCGACUGGGCCGCUACCAAGUUCGGAGUUCUAGAACCGGGACAGUACAAGUUGGCAGUUCCUCUCUGUCUCAACUACCUCUGCCCCCCAGUCGUUACCUUCAUUGGUCUUGGAGCAGUGAGUGCUGCUGUGAUGAGUUCAACUGACAGUUCCAUUCUGGGAGUCAGCUGCAUGUUCACCAGGAACGUGUUCCAGAGAGUCUUCCAUCCUGCAGCUAGUGACAAGCAAAUGAUGUGGGCAUUAAGAAUAACGAUUAUCUUCAACACGACCAUUGCCAUGAUCAUCGCUAUCACUGUCAAAUCUGUGUACGGACUUUACCUUAUCUGCAGUGACCUAGUAUUCGUCCUCCUCUUCCCACAUCUAGUCCUGGUAGUCCACUUCCCCCACCUGGUUAACAGAUACGGUAUGGUGGUAGGUUUCUCCACUGCCCUCCUUCUCAGGGCUCUCUCCGGGGAACCUGUACUCGGAUACGAUGCUGUCCUCAAGUUCCCUAACUAUUCCGAGGGAGUAGAGGGAGUAGACAAUGGGGUCGGACACCAGAAGUUCCCCUUCAGAAUGGUGUGCAUGUUAGUCCACCUCUUCCUCGCCAUCGGAGUUUCCUAUCUCACAAACUACCUUUAUCAAGAGGGUUACUUGACUGAUGAACUGGACGUCUUGAAAGAAUUCAAAGAAAAGAAAGAAAAUACAAAGACGAAUAAAGACCUGGUAAUAGAGAACACAUACCCCGUGUUGGAGCUCAAGAAGCAAGCAACCAACGGUCACCAAGCAACCAACGGUCACACUAACGGCUCAUCUAACGGCCACGGAAAUGGUCUUCAUACGAAUGGAAAUUGUUAACAAUACCCGAACUUUAGAGGCUAACUUCCCUUCCCCUUCGGUUUCAGAUGAUUACUUAAGUAAUUUCUAGUUAUAGUGAGUUAAACCAAACGAAAGCAAGUUUAAAAGCCGAAUUGCUCAGAUAGUUUGGAAGCUCAGAAGUAUACCAGACUCUGCAGCUAUUAAUUUGUUUAAGAAAACGCAAAUCCAGAGCACAGUAACUUAAACAGUAACUUAAACGAUUACAUCGGAAUAUUUGACUACUGGAAUUCAGAGCUUUCCAGGAUUUAACACCGGGAAUAGUAUUUGGAAAGCUGAAUGCUAGAAACUACAAGGACGUGUUUCUUGACACCGUGGAGUAACCAGUGUAAAGACUAUUUUGCCACAAUUUAAAAGUUUACAUAAACUUAUUUAUAGUAGUGUUGAUUAACUGAUCUAUAAUGUUAUUCAGUCAGUUGUAUAUAUUUGUUGUUUUUAACUUUUUACAUUA